UUUCUAAGGGCUAACAGUAGAAAACAAUACCAGAAGACAGCCAGCCCAAGACAAAUGUGGAAUUCCUGUUGUUGACCCAUUUCUCAUGGAAGGAUCUGAGAGGAAUACAAACGUGUUGCCAGCCAAGCUUGGGAAGCCCAGGGUGGUUGGUGGCCGUGCCGCCCCUGCGAUGUCGUGGCCCUGGCUGGUCAGUCUGCAGCACCAAGGACAGCAUUACUGUGGAGGUGCUCUGAUUGGGAGACAGUGGGUCCUGACAGCGGCACACUGCAACUUCAGUACUGUCACAGACAACCUGGUAAUAGGAAGAAGUUACCUGUGGAACACACGAGAUAGAGAUUUGAUACCAGUGAAAGCUGUAUAUACUCACCCCAGCUUCACACAAUUUCCUCCCAAUGAUGAUAUAUGCUUGCUGCAUCUGGAAAACCCUGUUGAAUUAGGAAAGUUUGUAUCUCCAAUCUGUUUGCCAGGGAAAGAUGAUAAAAUAAAUUUACUUUCCAAAUGUAUGACUGCUGGAUGGGGAAUAACUGAACCUCAUCAAGAUGAAUUUCCUAAAACUGUGCAGCAGGCAAAGGUACCACUGAUUAGUAGUACAUCUUGUCGAAGCUACUGGGGACUGGAUAUUAAAAAUACCAAUAUAUGCGGAGGGGCUGCAGGAUCAUCGUCCUGUAUGGGAGAUUCUGGAGGACCACUGCAGUGUGCCCAGGAUGGGCAGUACAAGCUCAUCGGUAUUGUGAGCUGGGGCAGCAGUAAUUGCCAUCCUGACGCACCAACGGUCUUCACCAGAAUUUCUGCUUAUAGAGACUGGAUCACAUCUGUCACUGGAGGAGAAGCAUGAUCACUGGAAGAGCAGCAUGGUGGAAUUGUGUUCCUAAGUGGGAAAGGAAAUACACGACCGCCUACCUGAAAAAUACGUCUCUUGUCAUUGCUAAAAAACUCAAUGUCACUGCCCCCAACCCUUGUCAUUGAGAAGCCUGGAUUUGGUGUGUACAUACAUUCAAUAUUAAACAUUGGUCACAGAAAGCUAAUGUUGGUUCAUGCCUCCUGGGAACUUACAAUCUUAAAUGUCAUUAAUUUCAGGUCUAGUGUACCAUGUACUAUAUGUCAAAUUUGAGUACCAUCACAUAUACUUUUACUGUUUUUUUAAUUUGGUUAACAUUGGAAGAUAUGGAGAUGUUAUUCACUCCAUAUAAUUCUUUUUUUUUAUUUUAAAGAUUCUUUUCUUUUAAGCUUUUUAAAAAAUUUUAUUUUAUUUACUUAUUUUUGGCUGC